UAUACAUUCGAAUUUAUUCGUUAUUUAUUAACCGUUUAUUUAUUUGCUUGCUUAUUUAUUCAUCUAUUUAUUUAAUUCAUUCAUUCAUUAUUUCCUCGGUUGCGUCUUAGAUCGGUCCGAUUGACGAUUAGACGGUCCGCCUACGUUUCUCCAUCCCUGGUGUUCAGUCUGAGAUGGAAGUGAGAUGUCGGGCUCCGUCGGCGGUGCUGAUGCUGCGCGCGGUCCUCGCGCUCCUGCUCUGCGCUGUGUGCGCGCGCUCGCAGCGCCAGUACUUGAACGAAUGGGCCGUGGAGGUACCGGGGGGUUUACGCGCUGCCCGGACCAUCGCCGACGAGCUCGGGUACGAGUUAGUGCGACAGAUUGGGGCCCUACAAAACCAUUAUUUAUUCAAACAUCACUUUCAUCCUAGCAGGACCAAAAGAAGUGCAGAUCACAUAACCAAAAGGCUGUCAGAAGAUGACCGGGUGUCUUGGGCAGAGCAGCAGUAUGAAAUGAAACGAAGUAAGCGUGCUCCGAUGGGGAGCAACUGUAAAGACUGCUCUGUGGACAAACUAUUUGAUGACCCCAUGUGGAACCAGCAGUGGUACUUGCAAGACACGCGGACAUCGUCGUCGCUGCCCAAGCUGGACCUUCACGUGAUCCCUGUGUGGAAGAAAGGCAUCACGGGUAAAGGCGUUGUCAUCACCGUGCUGGAUGACGGCCUGGAAUGGAACCACACCGACAUCUACCCCAAUUACGAUCCCGAUGCCAGUUAUGAUUUUAAUGACAACGAUCCUGAUCCUUUCCCCAGAUACGACUCCACCAAUGAGAACAAGCAUGGAACAAGGUGUGCAGGUGAAAUAGCGAUGCAAGCAGACAACAACAAAUGUGGAGUUGGAGUGGCGUACAACUCAAAAGUCGGAGGUAUCCGAAUGUUAGAUGGCAUUGUGACAGAUGCCAUCGAGGCAAGCUCUAUAGGAUUCAACCCCGACCACGUUGACAUCUACAGUGCCAGCUGGGGGCCGAAUGAUGACGGGAAAACAGUCGAGGGGCCGGGACGUCUAGCACAGAAGGCCUUCGAGUUUGGCAUCCAGAAGGGCCGUGGUGGAAAAGGCUCCAUCUUUGUUUGGGCGUCAGGUAACGGUGGGCGUCAGGGUGAUAACUGUGACUGUGACGGGUAUACAGAUAGUAUCUUCACCAUCUCCAUCAGCAGUGCGUCACAGCAGGGCCUCUCGCCCUGGUACGCUGAGAAAUGUUCAUCCACCCUCGCCACCGCCUACAGCAGUGGAGACUACACUGACCAGAGGAUUACUAGCGCUGACCUUCACAAUGAAUGCACAGAAACACACACUGGAACAUCUGCUUCCGCUCCGCUAGCAGCUGGGAUAUUCGCCCUGGCGUUAGAACAGAAUCCUGAUCUAACCUGGAGGGAUCUGCAGCACUUGGUGGUGUGGACAUCCGAGUUCGACCCUCUAGCCAAUAACCCUGGUUGGAAGAGGAACGGCGCAGGGCUUAUGGUAAACAGCCGCUUCGGAUUCGGCUUGCUCAACGCUAAAGCCCUGGUAGACCUGGCCGAUCCCGAAGUGUGGAAGCACGUGCCUGAGAAAAAGCAAUGCAUUGUGAGAGAUGACACCUUCCAGCCCAGGCCUUUGAAGGCAGCAGGAGAGAUCAGCAUUGAGAUCCCUACUAAAGCAUGCACUGGUCAGACAAACGCUAUUGUCUCAUUAGAGCAUGUGCAGGUGGAGGCCAGCAUCGAGUACACCAGGAGAGGAGACCUCCACAUCACGCUCACGUCUCCAUCAGGUACUACUACAGUUCUGUUGGCUGAGAGGGAGAGAGACACUUCCUCCAAUGGCUUCAAAAACUGGGCCUUCAUGUCUGUGCACACUUGGGGAGAGAACCCUACCGGCACCUGGACCCUGAAGAUCACUGAUACGUCAGGGCGGAUGGAGAAUGAGGGGCAGAUCGUAAGUUGGAAGCUGAUCCUUCACGGGACCUCUGAGAAACCGGAGCACAUGAAAAAGCCGAGGGUGUACACUUCCUACAACGCUGUGCAGAACGACCGCAGGGGAGUGGAACAUGUGGAGGACAUGAUGGAGGAGGCCGUCCUCUCUUCCAAGAAACCCGAGAAGCCACAGCCACCAGCUAAAGUCGCUUCUUCCACUCUUGACUCUGCUUCUGACCCAGAAGAAAAGCCUGCUUCGGCACAGUCUCCGUCCUCCCCCGAUGUAGCUCUGCUCCGCCUCCUCCAGUCAGCCUUUAACAGUCAGAGCCCUGCCAUGUAUCCUCAAUCGAUGGCUUCCAUUAACCAAGCCAAACCUCGAGACAGGAUCCCCAAGCAGAAGUUGUAUGAAGCCAUGGACUGGCUCAAACAGGACACGGUCCCUGAGGGCAACCUGUACAACGACUACAGCGACAACUUCUACAGAGCACAAGCCUAUCGGCACAGAGACGACCGGCUGAUGCAGGCUCUGUUCGACAUGCUCGAAGGAGAGCAGCAGUGAGGCAUUGGGGUCGGGGGUUUAUGGGGGUUGGGUAAGCAAGAUUAGGACAGGGGCAGAGAAGUAAUUACAGGGGUACAAAAUAAACAUAAUGAUGUAAGAAUAAAAGAACGAUCCUUUAUGUAGGCCGGGAGGAAUUGUAAUGGCAGAAAGUGAGACAAAGCAUAUGGAUAAAGGUAUGAGAGCCAGGCAUAGAAUGAGACAUUCACUUUUACGCAUGUUUGUAGUUUUUGUCACCACUCAUUCUCAUUGGUAAACACUCCCAGACCCGUUUUGUGUAUCGCAGUCUCAUCAACCCUCCUGUGCACACGACCGAUUCUCAUUCCUUUUCGUGCAUUUCCACAUUCACAUCAACCCGAAAACGUAUGAAAACUUCAUAUUGUGUAAAAACAAAUCCUAAGUUUAAAAAAAAACAUUGUUUCUUUUAUGAUACAUACAGUACAGUGCCUUGCAUAUACUGUAUAUUCACCCCCUUUGACCAUUUCCACAUUUUAUAUGGUUAGAAGGUGAAACUCUUGGUGAUGCCGCCACCACCAUGCUUCGCCUAAGGCGAUGUUUUCCCGAAUGAUGAGCUGUGUCAUGCCAAGGCAGAACUUACUACAAGACCAAAACGUUUUAGUCUGAUCGGACCAGUUUAAACUUUUCCAACAUGCCUUUUAUGGAAAUUUCAGCUCUUCCAUAAAUCCAGGUUUUAAUGCAUAUCUUGUGAACAGCUAAUAUUUUGGUACAUAGCCUCCUCAAGGUAGAGUCAUGGGUGUGCCAUAUUAUACACUCCAUUUCUAAAAUAAAUGUUUAACAUGUUUUGAUAACCAAUCUUCACGAUGCUGUUCAUCUAGGUAUGCUCUCUAAUAAACUCUAUCCAGGAACAGGCGUAUUUAUAUUGAUAUCACAUGACUUUUGCACUAAUAAUGUGCAACAAUUUUUCGGUCUUGCCAGUUUCUGACUCACUGGCUAACACUCCCCUGUGGCACAGCAGCUCCAGUAUCAACUGGGGAUGGUGGGGCUAGAAUGUGCUUCCUCUGAGUCAUGUGAGGCCAACCUUAAUAUCUUUUCAAUCUGUUGAUUAUGCUGCAUCACAUGGUAGCAUAACACAUACAGGGAAAAAAACCCUACCUGCCCAUGUCUGCAUAUUUGAGCUCACAGAUGCACAUGAUUGUGGUGGGGAAUCCAUCUUAGCAUUGAAGUGUGGCCGAUCCUGAGACAUGACUACUAAUGACUGUGUCAUCGAUCUCAAGAUCCCCGAUAAUAAAGUGAACAGUUUUCUCUUGGGCCACUCACCACAGGGGUGAAUACUUAUGCCAAUACACCCAAUAUGUUUAUUACAAACUCUCACUCAGAGUUAUUCCGACAUGACGUGAAUCAUUUGGUUAUUUCCCAACAGCUGGAUGUAAGGUGCUCCUGUAACACCCUGUUUUACUUCCUGUCACAUGACCCGUGCCGAUGUCCUUUCUCAUUCCAGGCCCUCUCUGCCCUGUAGCUGCUUACAUUAUGCUGCUUUCACUGCCAUCACUUUCUGCAUGCGCUACUCAAUGGAAUAUUUUCUUUAGAACCUAACGAUAUAGUAUUCGAUUUAAUAUAAAGUUGUGUUGUAAAUCUAUUUAGUCUCCUACAUCCAUCUGUUAGUAAAACUCCCUUUUAUUUCCACAAAUUAUCCGAGUAGUUACACCGUAAAGCCUACACAGAUGUUCAUGUAAUUAUUAAGAAGCUUAUACAGUUAUUAUUUAUUAUAAUAAUAUAAUUAUAAUAAUAUAUUUGAUAAUAAUAUAUAAUAUAUUAUAAUUACAUAUUAUAUUAUAAUAUAAUUAUUUAUACCUCUUUUUCACACAAGCAGGUCAUUUAAAUGUUUUUUUUCCAAGGCCAUAUGGUAGUUUGGAAAAUCCUCAAAAGAUUUAAGAACAUACAUGGGGUGUUCAAGUCAAACUGGGAUUUGUUAUGACAUUUCACAUGAAUGAAGGCAUAAAAUUGAUUAACUUCAACAGAAAACUUCAAGCCCAGUAGGGUGAUGAGACUCUUAGCUGAAGAUCCCUUUUCUGCUCGGAUCCCGGUGUAGUUGUUCCCGUGAACAUUCACAGAGCGAAGCGCCCGGUUUUUGACUUUUAGAAGAGACGCAUCUGUCUGUGUCAACUGUAUACACCAUCACUUACCAACACCGUUUAAACAUUAUAAGAGCUUGACUGGGAGUUAUUGCCACAACCCCCAUACAGUCCUGAUCUCGCUCCAAACCUGAGGAGUUCCGGGGAGGCCAGGGUUUCAGAUAUAAAUCAUGACUCUGGUGUACUGAGAUGAUAUCCAAGCACUAUUGAAACACUGGGAUAAGUGCAUUAGUGUAGCAGGGGAUUAUAUAUAGAAAUAAAGUUUUGUUAUUCUGCGCCUUCAAAAGUCCCGGUUUGACUCGAACGCCCCUUAUUUUUAUUAGUUGUUAGACCAUCCUAAAAAUCAUGAUGUAUGUAAGAGACUAUCAUCUUAUUUUGUAUAUUCAACAGCUCCUAAUAUGAAAUAAAGAUUUAUUUUUCUAUGGAUUCCUAGUAAUUUAUGCAACCGAAUAGGAAUAAAGUACAUCUAAUCUAUCGCAUCCUGCUGUACCUUGACAUCAUCUUACCUCAUAUAAGAAGCGCUCUUAUUGCAGGUAGUUUUGUAUUUCUGUCAAAUCUGAAUGAUUUCAGAUCUAUAGAUGAAUAAAUUCGACAUAUUUAUUGUAAUAAAGAUCUGAAAGGUAUUGUCUGUGAUUGAUGUUGAUGAUGUGAAAUAAGCUUGAACGCUGUAAUGUUUGCUCGUUAUGAUGCUCGGUGAAUUAUCUGAAUCGUCGUUCAUGUCACAAGCGAACGCAUUAACUCUUCUGUUUACAGCAGGUGUCCACUUCAAAAGCCUGGGUUAGAUCGAGUUUGCCUGGUUCUGUGAUUGUAGCCGGAAAAUAUACAGUUCGGAUAAACUGAAUGUAAAGAUGGAGAGAGAGAGAGAGAGAGAGAGGGAAAGAAUGAAAAACCUUCACGUGCAUCCUGUAAUUUACUCAUUUUUCAGUGGAGUCAGUGUUUAU